AUGUCUGACUGGAGAAGAAUUGAUAUCGAUGCUUUUGACCCAGAAAGUGGGAGAUUAACCGCCCAAGAUCUAAUACCUCCAUAUUCUCAUGUGAUCACAGCACAAGAAUUACAACCCAAGAUUCAACAAUUGCGUUCACUAUCCAGUAGCGGGGAUAUUUCAUCAGCAAUAAAAUUAGCUACCAAUGACCCACCUUACAGUGCUGACGACGCCACAAAGGCACAAUAUAUGAUGGCAGUAUUGGAAACUUUAACGCAAGUGAGACAAGCUGACAUUACUAAUAUAUUAAAGGGCCUGAACCCACAAGAACAAGUCGUGUUAGUUAAAUAUCUAUAUAAGGGUAUGUCCAUCACAGAGGGACAAAAGCAAGGUGGGAUUCUAUUGGCGUGGUUUGAAAAAUUAACUCAAGUGGCCGGUGUGACUCCAAUUGUGCAUUAUUUAUCAGAUAGACAAACUGUAUAA